GUUUUUGGGAUUUUAGGUUCCAAAUUUCAUUCACUUCUUCAGCGGCCAAAACAUCAAUGGGCAAGAAGAAGAGAUCCGAGAAAAGACCCGAAUCCGAACACUCACCUUCCACUGUCUUUGUCACUAACUUGCCCUACUCUUUUACCAACUCUCAGCUUGAAGAAACAUUUAGCGAUGUUGGUCCAAUCAGGCGUUGCUUUAUGGUUACAAAGAAGGGGUCAACUGAACAUCGUGGUUUCGGUUUCGUUCAAUUUGCUGUUACCGAAGAUGCCAAUCGUGCUAUUGACCUGAAGAACGGUUCUUCUAUUGGAGGUCGGAAAAUUGGAGUUAAACAUGCUAUGCAUCGUGCACCAUUGGAACAGCGAAGGUCAAAGGCAACCCAAGAUGAUGGGACGAAGACAAAAGAUGACAAGGAUGGUUUUACCUCAACUGUGGAUGAGCAUGGUUCAAACCCACCAAAAUUAGAGAAACCUGUGCAAUCUAGAAAAGCAGGAACACUUUGUGCUGAUCUAGCUGAUAAAGAGAAUUGUUCAGAAAAGCAGAGGGUUGCUAGGACUGUGAUAUUUGGUGGUCUUGUUACUAAUGAGAUGGCAGAAGAUGUUCACCGAUGUGCAAAGGAGACUGGCACAGUCUGUGCUGUAACUUAUCCUCUCCCAAAAGAAGAGCUUGAACGACACAGUCUUGCACAAGAUGGAUGCAAAAUGGAUGCUUCAGCUGUACUUUUCACAAGUAUCAAAUCGGCUCGUGCUGUUGUGGCAAUGUUACACCAGAAAGAGAUACAGGGAGGCAUUGUUUGGGCACGCCAGUUGGGUGGUGAGGGCUCCAAGACUCAAAAGUGGAAAAUUAUUAUCAGAAAUCUUCCUUAUAAGGCUAAAGUAAAUGAGAUAAAGGAUAUGUUUUCAUCAGCAGGGUUUGUCUGGGAUGUAUUUCUUCCAUAUAAUUCUGAAACGGGGUUAUCUAAGGGUUUUGCUUUUGUCAAAUUCACAUGUAAACAGGAUGCAGAAAAUGCUAUUCAAAAGUUCAAUGGGGAAAAGUUUGGUAAAAGACCCAUAGCUGUUGACUGGGCGAUUCCAAAGAAACUUUACAGUGGUGGUGCUAAUGCUGCUGUUGCUUCAGAUGGUGGGCAGCUGAAUGAAGGAGACAAGGAAAGUGACAGUGGUAGCAUUGAUAUGGAGGACGAAGGUGGGGAUGGUCACAGUGAUGGUGGUAUUGCUUCAAAUGACUCGAAUAUGUCAGACACAGCAAGAGCACCAACAGCAAUUGAUUUUGAUAUGGAAGCAGACAUUGCAAGAAAAGUUCUAAAUAACUUGGUGACAUCCUCUCAUGAUGAUGCCGUUCUGCCCAAGAGUGAUGAUGAGUUGAAUGUAGAUGAAACCAUUAACGUACAAAAUAAGUCACUUAUUGAAUCUGCAGUAGGAUUAGAUAUGACUAAACCUGAAAAAUCCAUCAAAAAUAAACAAGCAAAUAUUAAACAGACAGAUGGAGAAGGUGAUUUGCAGAGAACAAUAUUCAUAAGCAACCUUCCUUUUGAUAUUGAUGAUAAAGAAGUGAAAGAAAGGUUUUCUGGAUUUGGGGAAGUGCAAUCUUUUCUUCCAGUCUUACAUCCAGUUACCAAGCGACCGAGAGGAACUGGUUUUCUCAAGUUUAAAACAAUAGAUGCAGCUAUUGCAGCAGUUUCAGCAGCAAAUGCUGCAUCUGGUUUGGGUGUUUUUCUCAAAGGUAGACAACUCAAAGUGUUGAAGGCUUUGGAUAGGAAAUCAGCUCAUGAUAAGGAACAGGAGAAGGCCAAAGUUGAGGAACAUGACCAUCGUAAUCUUUACUUGGCAAAGGAAGGUCUUAUAGUUGAGGGGACUCCAGCUGCUAAAGAUGUUUCAGCUAAUGAUAUGGAAAAACGCAAAAUGUUGCAUGAAAAAAAGAUGACCAAGCUUCAAUCUCCAAAUUUUCAUGUUUCAAAAACAAGACUUGUUAUAUACAAUUUGCCAAAGUCCAUGACUGAAAAAGAAUUGAAACAACUUUGUAUUGAUGCAGUCAUCUCGCGAGCUACAAAGCAAAAACCUGUAAUACGACAGAUUAAGUUUUUGAAAAGUGUGAAGAAGGGGAAGCUUGUUAUUAAGAAUCAGUCACGUGGAGUUGCUUUUGUUGAGUUUACAGAACAUCAACAUGCACUUGUGGCCCUGAGGGUUCUUAAUAAUAACCCUGAAACUUUUGGUCCUGAGCAUCGUCCAAUGGUGGAGUUUGCUGUUGAUAAUGUUCAGACUUUGAAGCUGCGGAAAGCUAAGUUACAAGCUCAGCAGCUGGAUGGUCGUGAUGAUAUGAACAAUGCACCGCAAAAUGCUGAAUCACAUUCAUUUGAUACUCACCUUACCAAAUCCAGAAAACGGAAGUCCACAGAUGACAAAAGGGUAACGAAACAUCCAGAGUUCAAAAAGGCUGAGAUGGAAAAUGCAGUUGCCACUGAAGAAGGCCAAGCUACUAAGAAGCCAAAGCAUAAUCCAGACAGUGAAAAGACAAAACCAACUUCUUUGAAAGAAAAUUUGGAAGGCUCCAAUUGGAAGUCGAAGGGGUCAAAUCGUAGGCCUAAGGAUCGCAAAGGUGCCCUGAAGCCUGAUGUUGGAAGUUCAGAUAAGGUUCAAACAACCGCUAAUGAUACCCACAAAUCAAAAUCAUUCAAGGAGAUCGAAGCAGUUUUGCAGCCAAAAGAGAGGAUGCCACAACAACAGGCAAAGCAGCAGGAGGGAGAGAAAAGUUCUAAAAGGAAAAGGUCACAAAAGAAUAAAACACAAUCAGGGCGAGAUGUAGUGGACAAACUCGAUACGCUAAUUGAGCAAUACAGAUCUAAAUUCUCACAGCCGAAAUCUGAAACACCUGGUGCUGAAAAGCAAGCUUCUAAAAAGCUAAGAAGAUGGUUUCAAGCUUAAUUCCCAUUUUGGCAGGUUUUAGCCGGUUUUGUAGCAUGUCUUAAAAGAUCCAUCUUUAGAAAAAUGAGAAGAUUUAUUGAGGCGAUUGAUGUUAAAGCAAUUGCUAUAAGUUUUGUACAUUUUUAUAAGUAACAAUUUUGUGCACUUGUAACAUGUAGGUAGCAAUUCAACUCCAUUCUGUUUGUUGUUA